AUGCCCCGGCUGCCCACAUCGCUCAUACGCGCAGCUAGGCUGAUAGAUCCUCUAUUGCCUCUACUGCUGCGACCAUGCCGCGAUCUCCGCUCCGCCCAAAACGAGCUGCGAUGGCUUUGUGAACACAUCCAAAAUCAUGCCGGAGCGCGGAAUAUCACGGAGAGGACCGCCCUCUUGAAGAAGCUCGUCCAAGAGAGAUCCACCGGGAAGCCUCUGCAGUACAUACUAGGCACCGAGUUUUUUGGAGACUUUGAGAUUGAAUGCCGUCCAGGGGUAUUGAUUCCCAGACAAGAAACCGCAGCUUCCAUAACGCAACUCGUGCACCUCCUGCGAAAGUCCAAAUCUCUCCCUCCCGAGUUACGCAUCUUGGACUUGUGUACUGGAACCGGUUGCAUACCGCUUCUUUUCCAAGACGAGCUCUCGAAGCAUCAAGAUAUACGGCUGGAACUCCUUGGGGUAGAUAUAUCAAAGAAGGCAAUUCAACUGGCUCGAUCGAAUCUCGCAAAACUGCGGAGUCAAGGGAAGCCGACCGCUGGGAACAAGAUCAGUUUUAUGCGAGCCGACGUCUUAGACGAUGCACGCGAAGGCUAUGAUCAUGAGAUUCCGAAGCUCAUGUCAGCACUGGAGAGCCAGCACAAGUCUUCAACAUGGGACAUCCUCAUCUCCAAUCCGCCUUACGUUUCGCCAUCGGAGUACUGGAAGACAACUACGCGCUCCGUUCGCUGCUUCGAACCACAGCUUGCACUGGUACCACCUCCCAGCCAUGGACUCAAGGACCUCGACCAAGGUGACAGGUUCUACCCUCGACUACUCCACAUCGCUCGAGAUGUGGCAGCGAAGAUUGUUCUUUUCGAAGUUGCCGACCUGGACCAGGCCUUACGUGUGACAGGUAUGGCUCGCCAGGCGGGCAUAUUUUCGGGUAUUGAGAUCUGGCGUGACGACCCGGGUGGGUCUGCGGAGCUCGAAUCAACGUAUGCCUCUGGAGAUUUUCCCAUUGUCGGUUCUGGGAAUGGACGUUCAGUGCUCUGCUGGCGUGGUGAAGGCGCAGUAUGGCUCGGGAAACACGUUUGA